AUGUACUUUACCCUCUACUUCCUUGUCACCCGUCUCCCCGACACUCUUCGUUCAGUCACGGACCACUUUCUCGCCAAAGACCCUACCACUCUCACUCUAGCCGACUUCGAGCAGCAGCUCCUAGCAGCAGAAAAGAACAUCCUCGCUGUAGGUGCUGCUCGUGGCACUCCUCGCACUCCCCUCUUUGAGGGGUGCUCCCCCUCCCCUCUUGCCCCCUCCUACGCCUCUGCUGCUGCUGCCGUCGACUUCCUUGGUGCUAAGGAGGUCGGAGCUGCUUCCGCUCCUAGUGGGAAGCGCCGCGGCGCCAAGGGCAAGGGCGGCAGGGGUGGAGGAGGUGGCGGUGGAGGGGGCGGCAGGGGAGGUGGAGGUGGCGGGGGUGGUGGUGGGGGUGGAGGUAGUGGGUGGGGCGGUGGUGGUACCGAGGGCGGUGGAGGUGGCAGCGACGGUAGUGGGGGAGGGGGGAGCGGUGGUGGCAGCGGUGGAAGGGGCUGGAUGCUUGCACGGUCCACUACUGUGCUUCCGUGCCCGGCGGUCCCGUCUGGUGAGCUGUCAGGUCUUCACAUCCCCUCGUUCUCUACGAACCUGGUGAGCACCGCCGUCCUUCAGGAUCACUGGGUUGACACCUUUACUCCUGGAGGACAGCGGGUGACGCACUGCACGUGCUCUCGGACCGGCCGCCACCUGGCCACGUUCACACGUGCGCCUGGGCCCAGUUUGUACACCCUCACCGCUGUGUCGCGCUACACCCCUUUGUCUUUUCAGCUGUACGCGUUUGCUCAGGUAGCUACCCAGUGUGAGUGUCGCCGCCUGUCGCACCAGACUCUCCUUUGGCACCACCGCCUUGGUCACCCCUCCCUGCCCUACCUUCAUGGCAUGCACUCUCGCUCCCUGGUCUCUGGUCUUCCCAGGUCUCUGCCUGCCCUCCCUCCCUCGCCUGCGCCGCCCUGCAUUCCUUGCGUCGAGGGGCGGCAGCACGCCGCUCCUCACUCCUCCUCGUUCCCUUCCACAGAGGCUCCACUGCAGACUCUCCACCUGGACGUGUGGGGCCCCGCCCGCGUCCAGGGGCAGGGCCGCGAGCAGUACUUCCUGCUGGUCGUCGACGACUACAUGCGUUACACCACGGUCUUCCCCUUGCAGCGCAAGGGGGAUGUCCCUGCUGUUUUGAUCCCUUGGAUCUGCGCUGUUCGUCUCCAGCUCCGCGAGCGAGGUGGUGAGUUCACCUCCGACCUCUUGCGAGCCUUCUAUGAGGAGGAGGGCAUCCUCCAGUCGUUCACGCUUCCGGCCUCCCCGCAGCAGAAUGGGGUUGCUGAGCGCCGCAUUAGCUUAGUCAUGGAGGUCGCUCGUACCUCCAUGAUCCAUGCGGCUGCCCCCCAUUUUCUGUGGUCGUUUGCGGUCCGGUACGCCGCGCAUCAGCUCAACCUCUGGCUCCGUGUCUCCUUGCCGGAGACCUCGCCCACACUACGUUGGACGGGGGAGGUUGGCGAUGCGUCACGUUUCCGGGUCUGGGGUGCUCGUGCCUUUGUCCGCAAUCUCAACGCGGACAAGCUCUCUGCUCGCGCCAUUCCCUGUGUCUUCCUUGGCUUUCCUCCUGACGCGCCUGGCUGGCAGUUUUACGACCCCGCCUCGCGCCGUCCUCCCCAGGUAGACCCCCUUCCCCCUCUAGGUCCUGCUCCUUCAGGUAUGUCUCAGGUAGACCCUCCCUUGCCUGAGCCUGUUGAGGUCACUGGUGAUUCACGCCCUACUGGGGGUAGUCCGGCUGGGGGUGCUGAGCUUGGGGGUGCGGAGCCUGGGGGUGCUGAGCCUGGGGGUGCGGAGCCUGGGGGUGCUGAGCCUGAGAGUACUAAGCCUAGGGGUGCUGAGCCUGAGCGUGCGGAGCCUGGGGGUGCUGAGCCUCGGGGUGCGGAGCCUGGGGGUGCAGAGCCUGAGCGUGAGGAGCCUGGGGAUACUGGGUCUGGGGGUGCUGAGUCUGGGGGUACUGAGCCUGAGGGGUUUGAGACUGCAGGUGAGCUGUCUCCGUGGAGUGGCCGCCUGCGUAGUCACACUCGUCGGCGUGAGCCUCUCUCCCCACAGCAGCUACACGAGUGGUACGCUCGCCGUCAGGGUCGCACUCCUGGAGCUCGGGGCUCUGCCAUUGGUGGAGCUUCUGCUCACUUCACUGCAGCUGGUGAGCGAGGAGCAGGUGACGCUGGAGCAGCAGGGUCUGAGGACCCUGGAGUUAGUGGUACUGCUGACCCUGCCGCAGGAGGUGCUGUUGGAGCUGCUGACACUGGAGCUGGGAGUGGUGCCUGGACUGUGUUUGCUGGAGGUGCUGGAGCCGCCAGUCCCGGAGGUGCUCGUACUGGAGCUAGUGCUGUCGACCCUGGAGCUGGAGGUGUCGGUUCUGGGGGUGCUGCUACUGGAGGUGUUGAGGCUGGAGACACUAGAGCUGGAGGUGCCGGUUCUGGGGGUGCUGCUGCUGGUGGCGCUGGAGCUGGAGGUGCUGGCGCUGGAGGUUCUGGAGCUGCUGGAGGCGCUACAGCUAUUGGUGCUGGUGGCACUGCUGCGCAGCGGCUGUUCUUCUCUCCGCCGUCACCGUCGUCUCUGCCGCCACCUGGCACUGUGCUUCACCAGGUUCUUAGCCUCCCGUCUUCUACUGGCCUCCCGUUACAGCCAGGCUCCCCACUGCCUGCUCCUUCUCCUUACACUGAGCAGGCAGGAGGUCUUACUGAGCGUCGCGAGCCUGCGUCCCGUCCUGUCUCGCCUGCUCGCACCGGUCGCACUGGUCGUUGUGCUCCUCGUGAGCGUCCUCCUCCAGUCCCCGGCACGCUCUUCAUGUCCCUUCGUCCUUCCUCUGUUCCUCUGCGCGUUCCCCUGCCGUCUCCUCCUGCGUCUUCUCUGCCUGACGUUGCGGACCCUGAGUCUGACCUGGUUCGUGCUGCUCACCCUACUGUCACGCGUCUGUUAGCCACUAUUGUCACUGACCCGUCGUUUGAGUCUGCUGCUGCGUCUGCCUUGGUCGCUGAGCUUGUUGACUUUGCUGCUGCCUGUCGUCUAGACUACGCUGCUAGUCUUGUUGCUGAGUCUGAGUCUGUCUGUCCUCCGUCCGUCGAGGGUGAGUGUGCUCUUGGUACGGACGUCCUUGAGGACAGACACGAGGACCUUGAGUGUCUUGCGGCCGCUGCGCCUCAUCUCGUGGCCAUGCUGCUUGCCCCUGAGGGAGACCCGGAUGCACCAGACAUCCCGACCCCGCGCUCUUACGCUGAGGCGAUCGCGGGUCCCUACUCCUCUUAG